AAAACCAAGUGGGGGGCAUCCUUUUAGGUUCCUUUUCAGCUUUUCAGCAGAGACAAUCACUUCGAGGAGCUCUUCUAAGACUUUUGCUCACAAAAACACCCAAGGAAGCAGCCAAAACUUCAAAAUUAAUUUACCGGACUAAAAGACACCCAAAGAGACAAGCUUUGUUGCGGCAGCCACCAAGAUGGACAGGAAAGGGAAAAUACCGUACGAGAUGGUCCUUAACAAGAAAGGGAGAGCUCGUCUACCUGAUAAACUCAUGGAUUACCUCAACAAUGAAGAGCUCAAUGGUGUGAUUUGGUGGAAUCCUGAUGGCACCAGCUUUGCCUUGAACUCUCAGACAGCACAGGAGAAGUUUCUCGAUGUACAUUUUCGUGGAACCAAGCUGACCUCCUUUAUUCGUUCUCUGAAUCGAUGGGGCUUUCGACGCGUGUUUUUUCAUGCAAUGCCCAGGAAUGCCAUUUGUUUUCAGAGUCCCCAGUUCAGAAAGGGUGAACGUGAGCUUCUGAAGGAGAUGAAAUUGACCCCCACAGCUAUUAGUAGUGGAGGCUCCACCAAGCCGAAGACAACCCAUGAACGUGGCCAUGCUACGCCGGGACCUGUGGUUGACUCCUAUUUGCAACAAUCUCUACCCCGCAGUCUUCCCCUCCAGAAUCCAAGAGCUGGGCUGACUCCUCCAAGAAACCUGUCGUCAUUACAAGGAGGUCGCAGCAAUCUUUCAUUCCCAGGUUUGCUCAGUAGUAGCACGGCUGCUGCCAACGAAUUGGACCAGGAUCUACGGGCAAUGCUACAAAGGGACAAUCUUUUUCGCCAGUUUCAGCUACAACAGCAGAUCCGACAGCAGCAACAGCAGAUGCAAAAGCAGCAACAGGAACUGCAGCAGCAAACUCGAGAUUUGCAUCUUCUACUUCCUUCUUCGGGAGCAGCCGCGACUGGCCUGCCUCAAGGUUUGUUUCCCUCAACCGUCUCACGAGGAGCUAGAAACAUCUUGUUUGGCGCUGCCCCAAGGAUAGGACAAGGUGGUGAUCCACCAAGCGAUAUUGAAGGAGGAGAAGAAAAACAUUUUGCUGCUUUGUCUCAUUAUUAUUGAGGCAGGCAGAUUCUAAGGAAGCAGGAGCCAGCCAUCAAGGACGACCUGUCAUCUGGCCAACGGCUUGAUGAGGAACAAGCUUGGUAUGCGUCCGUUGUCUUGUUCACUCAGAUAAACAUUUAGCUUUUGUAUUCAUAUUCUCUGUACAACCUUAUACAAGUCCUUCUCUUUAUGCCGC